CCCUCCUCUCCAUGCUACUUUCACAACACUGAGCAUAGGCAUAGGCGGAGAGAGAGGAGUGAAGGGAAGAGAAAGAAGACAAAGGAGAAGUCGAGACAGCUUUCGCUCUAGUCUGGAUUUACCACACAUUGUUGAUUUGAGUUUUGCAGAUUUUUCUCUGUAGUCGGGUCACGUACCAAUAUAUUUUCUUCCCAGUGGUUAAAAGCUGUGUUUGUCAACAGAAUCCUGGAGCAAAGUGGAUGUAUAAAUGUUGAAUCAAGGAGUUUAUCUGGUUUUCCCAUGGAUAUUUUGUUGUCUCUCUUCACUGGCUGUCUUUUGUAUGAGCCCACCCUCCCGCCUCCACUUCUUCCUUCACUUGGCUGCACAUGCUUUUCUGUGAAUCAGUGGAUCUCCCAUCCCAGAAACCUUUGACACACACAAACAGUGUCUUACCCCGACUUUGUCUUACCAGUCGGGAAUGAUCUUACAAACCGGACACAAAGGCCAAUGACUAUUUUUUUCCAUUUUUUUUUAUAUUUGUGAUAGCAAAGACAUUGGCUGUCCAAUGAUCAUCAGGCUGUGCCAUAAGUAAUUUUUUGUGACCGGAGAAGUAACGAAGACACUCUGGAUAUACCUGCUCCUUCAACAUGCCUCCCUGAAUCCAUGAUUAUUUUGGUUGUGUCAACAAUGACACGAUGACGGCUGGCAAAACAUGGAAUGUUAGCUAUUUUUUUUCCACAACAGGGUGCUUGGUUUAUUUUUUACUCGUUGAUUUAAGCUGCUAACGCUGCAGAAUGGAAUUCACGUGAUAUGUUGCAGACGGGAACAUAGCCUUGGAUCUGUUAUUUGGCUCAGAUGCACUUGUAAACGAUAGACUUGCUUUUUGUAAACUGAGCCUUGUAGAUAAAAUUACCGCUGUUUAUCCGCCAUCCAGUGUGGUGAGGAUGAAAAAGAGCCACAGCAACACACUCAGGCGGGCAUGGCCCAGCUCUGACCUGUCUGAACGGCUAUUGCCACCAACAAUCUGUGUAGAGCCUCACAGGAGCCGACGUUCUCACAGUGAGAAGGACUACAGAAUUCGCAAACACAGAAAGAAGAACCACUAUCCUGCAUCGUAUCUGUGUCAGACUCCACCUGCUUAUAUUCACACAGGUGAUGUGUCGCCCAUCAGUAUGUCCCCUAUUAGCCAAUCGCAGUUCAUCCCUCUGGGAGAAGUAUUGCUAUUGGCUAUCUCUGCUAUGAACUCAACCCAUAAGCCUGUCACCCAGGAGGCCCUAACUGAACACCUGCAGACAUGUUUUCCAGGUGUUCCCACCCCAACGGAGGAGGUCCUGCGCCACACACUAAAUAUGUUGGUUCGUGAACGCAAAAUUUACCCAACAACCGACGGAUAUUUUGUUGUAACUCCCCAAACUUACUUCAUCACUCCAAGUUUAAUACGAACCAGUUCCAAGUGGUACCACUUAGAUGAGCGUUCGACUGACCGGCACCAACAGCAGCAACAUCAGAAUCAGCAGACACAGUGCACCUCCCCACUCUCUGGCACCAUCACUCCAUCUACUUCUGGUGGCAUACGAGAUAGAAUACACUCAAAAUCCCACCAGAACCACAGUGGGGGUGGUGGAGUCGUGGAUUCCUUUCACAACAACACUUAUCGUGGAGACGACCCCCCCAGUCACCACACCACUCUGCAACACAGAUCCUCCAAAGACCCCAGGGAGGCAUAUUCGUCUCCACAUUCUCCACAGUCGCCUCCUCAGCUAGUAGGAGGCAACACAGAAAAGUGCCGCACCACCCUCGGGUUCCCUUUCAAGACGGACACGCUUACAAAGCAUCGUGGUGGAGGAGGGAGUGGAGGGGGGACAAGUGAGCUAGAGAAGCAAACAGGAAGUGGUACAGGGAGUCGAAAGUUUGGUUUGAAGCUGUUCCGCCUCAGCUUUAAGAAAGACAAGGCCAAGCAGUUGGCCACCUUCUCUGCACAGUUCCCCCCUGAGGAGUGGCCUCUCCGUGAUGAAGAGUCAGCUAGCCAGCUCCCACGUCAUAUAGAGAUGGAAAUUAUCCGCAGAAUUAACCCUGAUCUCACAGUAGAAAACCUUGCUCGGCACACAGCAGUCAUGAAGCGUCUUGAAGAAGAGCGUGCCCAGAGGAGCAAAGCAUCAUCAGCCAAUCACAGUUCAAGAAGCAGAAGAAGUGGAGGCAGACAUCGGAAGCCGUCUCAAACCAAACUUAGUCGCUCACAUAGCAAAAUAAGGGUGACUCGUGGUGAGCAUAGUGAGGGUUCCCAUUUGGAACUCACUGACAAGGACUAUAGAGCCUACUCAUCAUCACUGGCUCGGUCACCAAGGGAACAUGCCUUGGCCAUGGAGCGACAGCGGACACGCCUUCAUCUGGCACACAGCAACCCCAACAUUCUCGACUCCUCCCAUCUACCUGUCACCCCAGAAUGGGAUGUGUCUGGAGAGCUCGCCAAACGGCGGACAGAAAUGCCUUUCCCUGAGCCAAGUCAUGGCCCAUCAGCACACCACUCGAAAGUCCAUCGUUCACACUCUCAUACACAGGAGAGGAAGUCUCGUAAUGAACGUAGCGAUAAAGCCAAGGAACGUUCCAGAUCAAUGGAAAAUUCAAAAGGACCACUUGGAGCUGGCUUAAUUGGACCACCAAGUUACUAUGAUGAUCGGAAUCGAUACUAUACCGAUGACGGAACUUUACGAGCCAACCAGAGCUCUUGCCACUACCCUCGCGCCACUCCCCCCUUGGUUAAGAUGUCUGGGGAAUCACUGGGUUUAGAUGGAGGCAGGAGUUUAGAGAAAUGUAAGAGUCGGGACAGUCUGCCAGCUUACUCUCCUAAACCACAGCACAACUCUGUCCCUCCUGAUGGCUACUUCCAGUGUUCCGGUUCUUCUGAGGCUGCACUCACAGCCCCAAGUACAAUAGGAACUCUUGGUAGAAAUAGUCAAGAUGGUUUAAAACUGGGCAGCACUGACUGGCAAACAGAAAGACAGACACCACAUCCUCCAGAAAAUAAGGAGGACUUGUCAAAGGUGGGCCCUAAAGGUGGCAGCCUGCCUCCAAUACCUCUCUCAAUGCCAGAUCCCCCUGUUUCGAAUGGACGACCUCCCCACAGUGCCUCCUGUGGUCAAGAAAAAUGUAAAGAGAUCUUUAGUAAAGACACACUUUUCAAACCCCCUCCUGGCCUUCCUUUGCCAGGAUACAGUUCCUUGAGGAAAACCCCUGUCCUUACUUCCUCCAAUCUGUCCUCAUCCUGCGAUGCACUUGAUUCCCAGGACUCUUUUGACGCCCCAAAACCUCUGGUUGCAACACCUUCUGCUUCCAUACCGGGAAGCGAACCCACAACCAGUGCUGCAGAGGUCUCGUUUGACUAUUACAAUGUUUCGGAUGACGAUGAACUUGAGGAAGGAGGAACUAAAAGUAGGGGAGAGGAUGGGGAAACUGGAGGAGGGAUUGUUGGACGGGGAGGGGCUGGAGCAGGUACCAUGCAGUGGCUAUUGGAGAGAGAAAAGGAAAGGGAUUUACAGAGAAGGUUUGAAAGAACCCUCACAUUCCCUGGUGCUAAAGAGAACCUUCCAGAACCCAGUCAAAAUCAGCAGUCCGCCCACUCUGCCAGACUGGACAGUAUGGACUCAAGCUCGGUUACUGUUGACAGCGGAUUCAACUCACCAAGAACGAGGGAGAGCCUGGCGUCAAACACCUCCUCCAUAGUGGAGAGUAAUCGUCGGCAGAAUUUGGCUCUCAGUCCAGGCCACCUAGGCAUUACAAACAGCAAUGGACCCCCUUUCUCAUUCCGCGCCAUACCUGAACCUGCUGGGAGCCAAUCGGAGAAACUCCAAAAGCCCAACGCCUGCCUUGCAUCAAUCACCAGCGUCUAGUUGGGGGGUGCAUAAUGAAGGGCAAGUGGAAGUCACACUCCAAGGACUGUUAUUCCUAGAGACUGUCACAUUGACUGAAUCAGUUGAGCUUGCCACAAAACCUGGAACUAUUACUGUUAACACACACACUCAAACAAACAGAGGAACUUACACCACUGAGACUGCUCUCUUUUCUGAUAAAUACUCACACUAACACCAUGCCACUGGGCAGAUUGACCAUUUCAGUUCAUAGACUCUGGUUUACACACACCACUGUUGUGUUCUUUCACUUACAUAGGUUCUACUGUAUGUGUGUGUGAAUGCGUGAGUGGAUGCCAGUGUGGUUUGUCCAAGAUACGGUUGUGUAACAGUAAUUUGUAAUCUCAGGUCGUUUUUCGUUUGUUUUCAUUCCCAUUCCAGCUGCUCCAUAUCUGUGCAUCGUUUUCCAAUGGUGUGUUUGCACACUGAAUGAAGGGUCAGAGGCUAUGCUAACUACUGUUACUGACGCGACACAUUCUCACUAAUCCAUUUUCUGCGCACUUUGUGGUAAAAAAUGUGAGCGAGGCAGAUGGUAAUACGUAUAACCAAUACGCGGGACAAUUUAUUUUCUGUAGAAGUGCACAGAUUGAAUGACCAUUGGCCAGAAUCCCAAUAAAAAACAUUGUAGCUUGACCAAC